GGAAAAAUAAAAGCAAGAUAUAAUGUUUAGUAAAAGGAGAAAGAGAAGAAGGGAAUGCGUACGCAUGAGGGAACAACGAAAGAGGGAAAAGAAAAGGGAGCAGUGACGCCGCUGAACCAGAGACCCGACGGAGCUGCGACGCGAAGUGAUCGGAACUGCGACGUGGACGAGCGGAGCUACGGCGUCGAAGGAAUGGAUGUGAAUAACAUUAAAACUUGGCUGAAAAAGCACAGUGAUAACAUAAGUGCUCUUGAUCGCAAUAUGCAUCACGAUAGCGAGUUCAUAAGUAUGCUCAUGAAUAACCUUUCCGUGAAGAUUGAAUCGAGUCAUGCUCAGCAUUCUGAAGCCAUAGGAGCCUUGGGGCAAGAGAAUGAGCAACUGUUGUCUGAUGUUAAAUCAAUGAAAACAGAGAGAGAUAUGAUACGUAGGGAGAUGAAGGAAAUAAACAAAACUUUAGAAAAGCUGGAAACUGAUAAUAUGGAGGCAGAAAGGAUGUUGGAGGAAGCAGAAGACGUUAUAUCAAAGCUGGAUGCUGAAAUGGAGACAUCAAAGAAGAGUAGUGCAGAUACGAUUGCAGGUUUAUCUUCAAAGCAUGCUAAACAGGUUAAAAAGUUGAAAAGUUGAAAAUUUGAAAUAGUUAAUAAUGCAGUUUUCAAUUUGAAGUGGAGCAGAGGAGGCAGUUUUCAAUUUUAAGUGGAGGAGAGGAGGACUGAGGCUGCAUGGAUAUGGUGGAGUGGUGAAGUAGUCUUUGAUUUUGUAAGGUUUUUUUGUGUGUGAAUAUGAUACAAUACGGGUUAACAAGAAAAUAAGCCUACAAGAAACCUCAUUGGCUGAAAAUCUUUACUUUAAAAUGAUUACGGGUUGUUUAGUUUUUUUGAACAAUGAUUACGAGUUGUUUAAUUUUUUUUAACCAUGAGCAUAGUCCAAUAAAUAGUUUCUCUGUA